AUGAUGUUCACCGCCAGCUUCAUCACCGCCGUCUUCGCAGCUGCUCAGCUCGUCGUGGCCAACCCCAUGCCCGCUGGAGCUGAAGGGUCCUCUGGAAUUCUGGCCAAGAGAGAGACGUCUUACGGAAACCCUGACCUCGUCACCGACCAAGGAAACCGCUUCAAGGUCAACUACGGUAGCACCAGUGGUCACCCCAACGCGUGCCCCGGGCACUACAUCUGCUACAUCCCUCGCAACGGCGCUGCUCAUGGUGAUGUCUCCUUGGGUAACCCCGAUGACUUCGUCGAUGAAGGCAACCGCUGGCGCCUCAACUAUGGUAGCACCUCGGGCCACCCGAAUGCCUGCGAUGGCCACUACAUCUGCUACAUCAGCAAAUAA